AUGAUUACCGAUCUUGGAAAGUCAAUAACAGCGGCGUUGUCGAAUCUUGUGAAUUCGCAAGCAACGGACCAGCAGGUUGAGGCAGCAAUAAAGGAGAUAUCGAACUCGCUGAUACUCUCGAAUGUGAAGCCAAAGUAUGUGAGCGAUCUACGGGCCGAGCUGAACCAGAAGCUGAGGGCGGAUUCAAUUGCUCCGGGAAUGAACAAGGGGAAGGCGGUGCAGAAUGCAGUGUAUGACAAGCUGAUUGAUCUUCUUGAUCCGAAAAGCAAGGGAUAUGAGAUCAGGAAAGGCAAGGGGAAUGUAGUGAUGUUUGUUGGCUUGCAGGGAUCUGGAAAGACAACAAGUGUGUGCAAGUAUGCAAACUUCUACAGGAAGAAGGGAUAUAAGGUGGGGAUUGUGUGUGCAGACACGUUCCGAGCAGGAGCAUUUGAUCAGGUAAAGCAGAAUGCACUGAAGAUCAAGGUCCCGUUUUUUGGAAGCUCGGAAGCGGAUCCCGUGAAGGUUGCAUGUGCCGGGGUUGAGAGAUUCCGAAAGGACAAGUUUGAAGUGAUUCUUGUGGACACGAGCGGUAGGCACACACAGGAGAGCGAGCUGUUUGCAGAGAUGAAGGAGAUAGUUGCAGGGAUUUGCCCGGACAAUAUUGUGUUUGUGAUGGAUGCAGGGAUAGGGCAAUCUGCAGAGGAUCAAGCGCUUGGAUUCAAGAGGGCUGUUGAUGUUGGGUCGAUUAUUCUGACGAAGAUUGACGGGACAGCAAAGGCAGGUGGAGCAAUAAGCUCUGUUGCAGCAACAAAGUGCCCGAUUGAGUUUGUUGGGACUGGCGAGGGCAUGGAGGACAUUGAAGUGUUCAAUGCAAAGAGGUUUGUAUCAAAGAUGCUUGGAAUGGGCGAUGUCGAAGGGCUUGUUGAGAAGAUGGAGAGCCUUGGGAUAGAUGAGAAGGAGGUUGUGAAGAAGCUGAAGCAGGGGAGUUUUACGAUUGGAGACUUCUACGAGCAGUUCCAGAAGAUACUGAGCCUGGGGCCAGUGUCGAAGCUGCUGGAGAUGAUUCCUGGAUUUUCUGGGCUUUCCCUGCCUGAUGAGGGUGCAUUUAAGAAGUUGAUAUAUGUGUUUGAUUCAUUCAGCCGGUCUGAGUUGGACUCCACGGGCGAGUUGUUUGAAAAGCAGCCCAAUAGGAUUCUGAGAGUUGCAAAAGGAAGCGGGACAUCGGUAGAGGGAGUUUCUGAAAUACUUUCACAGUUCAAGAAGGUCAGUGGAAUCAUGCAGAAGUUCAGUUCGAUGCCUGGGAUGGAAAGCAUGCUUGGCAAUCCGUCGGCAAUGAAUCUGUCUCAGAAGAUGAGGAUGAAGGAUCAUGCAAAGGAUGUGUUUCCAAAAGACUUCUUUGACCAAAUAGGAUCCAUGUUCUGA